CACAGCACACCAUCCGAUGGGUCGACCCGCGACCGUCGAUAAAGUUCAUUUUAGCCUGGCUACACUGCCAACAGGGCACCUUCGAUCGAUGUGUUGCUGUCAACAAAUUUUUACGAAUUAUUACAUAGAAAAGUAUUUAAAUUGAAUAAUUUUUCACAAAAAGCUAUUCUUAUCUCUUAGUAAACAGCUCAGACAGAUAUCAGUGGUCCAUAUGAUGUUGUGAAACACAUUAGUGUAAGAGUGAAAGUGUUUUAGUUGAUUUCGUUCUGUGAUAGUGACGAAGCUGUUUGUCGCAAUCUAGCAUAUGUGAGGGAUUCUUUCACGAAUGUUACGUAAGUGGCGAUAAGGAUGUCGUGGAUGAAGCGGCCGCAGGCAGGCGCGGCGCCGCCCCGGCCGGAGCCGCAGCCCCAGGCCUUCGCCGCGCCACAGCCAUAUGGGAACCAGCAGAGUAUGUACCCUAACUACCAAGGAGCACCUGCCACAGCUCAGCAACAGCAAAUGUGGCAAGCACCACAGCAGACACAGUAUAACCAGCAGUAUGGCCAGGUGUACCAGCAGCAGCCCUUUGUCAACAACUCUAAUCAGUUCUUUCAGCAACCACAACAGCAACAGCAAUACACUCAAAACUAUACUAACCAGAACUUUGACAAUGUACAGCAAGGGUAUCAACCGAAUUACUAUCACAAUCAAAUGCCUCAGCAACCUAAUUUCACCCAAAACGAAAACUCCGACACCUGGGAAGACAACUGGGGCUGGGGCUGGGAAGACUCCUCAAAGCAACAAAAGACUGCCAACCAAGUCACUAGCAACCAACCACCCCCACAGACACAAGCUUUUAAUAAUGCUAAUGUCAUAGAGGAAAGUUUUGCCUCCACCCAAAAUUGGAACUGGUCCAUGGAAGAUAAAAAGGAGUCAGAAUCCCGACAACUACCAGUACAAAAUGUCCAGAUAAAUCAAGAAAAUAGUUUAGAAGCUGCUAAUGUAGUGAAUCACAAUACAGGAAAUAUUAGUGAACCUAGCCCUCUGCAGAGUGCAAGCAAUAUUCCUGCACAGGACAACUCAAACCAAGUUAAAAACUUAAGUGAUAAAGAAGUGAAAGAACAUUUACCCAACUUGGCGCUAGGGAAGCGUUUCCACAUAGAAAAUUUAACUCCUCAGUGGUCCAUUGAGUCUCAAAUGUCACAGGAUUCCAGUGACGGACCACUCACCCAAUCAGAGGGCACCUACAGAAGUGAAAACCAAUCUAGAAACUCUAGCAAAAGUAGUCCUGGACCAAACACGGAUGCUUCUAACUUUAAUUAUUCUUUGUCUGGAUUUAAUGAAAUGAGUAUCACAAAUACUGAGACAUCAAAACACACAGAUGACUCCACAACAUCCAACAUAAAUAAUAAUAAUAGGAGAGAAAGCUAUGAUGAAUUAGCCAACUCUGUGCAAGAAAUGACCAUAAAUAACCAUGAAAACCGUGCUGUGGAUGCCAACCGUCCUGUCCACAGUAGUGAAACUGUACGAGAGAAUAAGCAAUCAAUAAUGCAACCUUUACCGUCCCCGUCUCCUGCUGUUUCUUCAGUGUCCAAUCAGUUUAUCCCGCAACAACCCCCAAUGUCCAGCCUCCCUUCAGUGUCCCACAUCUCUCAAACCUCAUCAACACCUGCAAUACCUUCUCCUAGUUAUGUUACACAUCCCACACAGACAAUACAACCACCAACUAAUCUACCAACUCCACCAACAUCCAUUCCUCCUACUAACUUACCACCACCAUCAAUGGGUCCUCCCACUAACAUGCCUCCUUCUUCAUCAGCCUUGUCACAUCCUCCUAAUAAUUUCCCUCCAUCUUCUAGUCAAAAUCCUUUCAAAAGUGCUUCACCCUUUUCACAUAAAAAUAUUCCCAAAAUAUCACCCCUAAAUCCUCAACCUCAGACAUUCUCGCCCCAAGUGCCGAGCGCUAACCUAGCGUCGCCGGGCGUCGUCACACAAAUCCUUCAGCAGGACAGACUCUCUUCAAGCUUCGGUGCUAAUUUAGAAACCACACCUGACAACUCGGAGAGGCCUGAUCAACCGCAAAUGACGAAUUAUAGAUCUAUGCCUAUUUCCCAACAAGUGCCCGACAAUUUAGAAAUAGCACCACAGAAUGAUAGAAACAAGUACUUGCAGACUGCACAUUUAUCCACUGGGGAUUAUGGGGAAAACACUGAUUUUAGUCGCAGUGUUCCUCCACCGGGAUUGAGGAGGAUGGGCGUGGGACAACAGGAAGUGGAAUACAAUCAAAGUCUAAAUAUAUCGGGCGAUGAACCUCCUCCUGGCCUAGCGCGGAUGGUCCCCGGUCAGCAAAACGAAAUCGACAACUCCUACAAUCAAGGGGGUGACGACGAUUACAUGGAUCGGCAAAUUGACGGGCAGCCGAUGGACGAUAGCGCCCGGCCGUACCGCCAAGCUGACGGCCAGCAGACUCCGGACUACACACAAGCUUCGACAAAUCGGGGAAGCGACAGAAGGCCUGUAGGCCUGGACAGAAUGGUGCCCGGGGAGCCCAGCAACGAGGAGUAUCUACAAUAUCAGACCAGUAAUUUUGGUGGAGUCAAUGAGCACAGAGUAGUGACAGGCGUAGACCACGACUAUCCUAUUGCAACUGAUGCCGGACCAUCAGAUAUUCGUGAACAGAAUGUUGACGGUUCAGACUAUACUGAACCGACACCCAGGAAUCCUUCCAGGAGUAUAAUCGGCGUUCGGGAAGCCAGCAACGCCACCUCGCCAGACUUCAGUCUGUCUGUCGACGAUCAACAGAGAGAAAUUACGAUGGAAGGCGAAAACCUGCAGGACUUGAGUUCGGUAUCGGCGGUGGACGUCCCGUUUCCUCGGGAAGCACCGUACGAUGGAUCAAACGCUAACAUUGCGGAGACGACCAAAGACAGACACGACGCCGUUAAUGCUGCUGAAUAUGAGAUGAGUAACUCGCGAAGGCAGUCUCUGAAUUGCGUUACUUCGGGGGAAGAUUCCGGCAGAGAUCGAGCUUUCAAGGCGUCUCCGAGGAAGGACAGGGAUAAGACUAAGUCGAAGGAUCGCGAGCGAGACAAAGAGAGGGACAAGGACAGAGGUCGCUACUCCCGCGGCGAUAGGAAGUACGAUCGCGAGUCGGAGAGGCGGGCCGGCAAGGAGGCGGGCCGCAAGGAGCGGAGGCCGCGUGAAGAGAGCCCCGACGCGCGCCGCCCGCGGCGCAGCGCGCGCAGCCAGCGCUACGAGACCGAGGACACCGACUAUUACAGCGAUCGAGAAAGGGAUCGCAGGCAGCACAGAGAGGGUUCAUACACAUCGUCGAAGCCGCCGCGCGACGACAAGGAGCGUCGCUACGACGACCGCGGCGAGCGCAGUGAGCGCAGUGAGCGCCGGCGACACACCACCCUGGAGCGCGACCGCCGCUACGACGACGAGCGCACGCGCCGCAGCGACCGGCACCGCGACCGCGACCGAGACCGCGACCGCGACCGCGACCGCUUCGAACAUCGCUACCGGGACAUAGACCCGAGGAAGUACGCCUCGCUGAGAAGAAACAAGGACUAUAAAGAUGAGGAUGAACGAAGAAAAGUUGUAACGUUCAGUGGUUCAGCCAAGUCAGAUAGGAGUAGUAGUAAUAAGGGCGAAGGCGAGGCGUACUCAUCGGGUUCGCGGGCGGGGUCGCGCGAGGCCACGGCCACGGACGAGGAGGCGGAGGAGCCGCGGCGCCGCGCGCACCGCGACCAGCGGCGCAGGCAUCGAUAUCAUCAUUACUAUGAAGGCUACGAGGCGGCGGCUGUGGCGGGCGUGCCCGGCGCGGGAGUGGGCGCGGGCGUGACGCGCGCGGGCUGGGACGAGGCGCUGGAGGCGCAGCGGCGUCAGUACGAGUACUACGAGCGACUGAGGCGCACGGAUCCCGCGGCGUACAUGCGCCUCUACAAGCAGCUGCUCAACCCGGGGCUGUACGGACACGCCGCGUAUGCUGACGUUCCAGGCUACGGGCAGCUGGGCUACGAGGGUCGCGCGGAGGAGCGCGGCAGCGUGCACUCGGGCCGCUCCAGCGCCAACGGCCUCAAGCCCGCCGACACGUACUACGGGCGCCGCGACGCCGCCUCGCUGCGCACCGACUUCUCCGACAGGGAGCUGACGACGGACAUGUCGCUCAACUUACACUUGGAGGAGUCCACGGUGCGCUCCGAACGUAUGACGCCCUUCAAGUAUUCCACCGCGCACGUUAAGGGUGCCCUGAGCGCGCGCGCGCUGGUGGUGGUGCGUGCGGGCUACCCGGUGGACGGGCGCGCGGCCGCGCUGUCCGUGCUGCCGCUCACACAGUUGCUGCAAAGAGACCCGCUGGCGGCUGAACUGGCCGCUUAUCCAGGACCACUGCUGAAGGGUGUGACCCACAAGAAGAGCGUGGUGGAGUACUGCGUGCGGCGCGCGCGGGACGCGGCGUGCGCCGGCGCGGACGUGGCGGGCCACGCGCUGCUGUGGGAGCUGCUGGCGCUGCUGCUGCGGCAGAACGGGGUGGUGGUCGGCUCCGACAUCGCGGAGCUGCUGAUGAAGAACACUAAGGAGUUCGAGUACAGGAUCUCAUCCUCCAGGAACACUGAAAGUUGCGGGUCUCCUCAGUCAGGCGCUGUUGAUGGUGAGGAGGAGGAAAGAGAGAUUUCGUCCCCUCCACUACACCAUACACUUCCUGAUAUGACAAUGCAAGAGGAGGAGCCGAAGAUAGACGAGCAAGAGGCGUUAGAUCGCUUCCGGGAGUACCUCAUUUAUGGCAACCGACAGGAAGCUUUAGAGUGGGCGAUGCGCUGCGGGCUGUGGGGGCACGCGCUGCAGCUGGCGGCGCACGGCGAGCGGCGCGCGCGCGCCGCGGUGUGCGCGCGCUUCGUGGCGUCGCUGCGCGCGGCCGACCCGCUGCACUCGCUGUACGCCGCGCUCGCGCACCGCGCGCCGCCCGCCGCCACCUGCGUGUCGGACGAGCGCUGGGGCGACUGGCGGCCGCACGCCGCCAUCAUCCUGUCCAACGCUUCGUCCAAGCCGGAGCAGGACCGUCGCACGCUCACGCAGCUCGGUGACUCGCUGUGCGCGCGCGGGCUGGUAUGGUCGGCGCAGUUCUGCUACCUUUCGGCCGGCGUGCCCUUCGCGCCGCACCCGCUCGCGCCGCUGCAGCGCACGCCGCCCGCGCGCGUGGCGCCGCCGCGCCUGGCGCUGCUGCUAGCCGACUCGCGCGCCGCCACGCUGCCGCGCUUCGCCUCCAACCAGGCCGUGUUCGCCACCGAGAUCUACGAGUAUGCGCUCUCGCUGAGCCAGGACUACGUGCUGGACGAGCUCACCGUGUACAAGUUGAUCCUGGCGACGCGGUACGCGGACGUGGGGCAGUGCGAGCGCGCGCUCGGCUACACGGAGCUGGCGGCGCGCGCCAUCACCCGCAACCCCGACUACUACUCCGCGGCGCUGGUCAGCAGCAUCGCCAGCCUCGCUGACAGGUUGAAGUACUACGACCCGGCGUUGCAGGACGACGCGGGGGAUGAGGGUGGCGCAGGGCCAGAGGGCGCGGGGGAGGGCGGGGAGGGCAGCGAGGAGGCGUCGCCCCGACAUCAGCAGUGGCUACACGACGUGCACGCACUAGCGCAACGACUCUCCACGGAGGCGUCGCAGCAGAACACGCCGCAGCACGCCGCGGAGCCCGGCGCGCUCACCGGCGACCAGUACGGGUGGGCGGAGCAGACGUUGCAGCAGCAUCAGCAGCAGCAGCAGAUAUCCCAGCAGUACGCCGACCCCGUGCAGGACACGACGGACUACUCACACUAUCAGCAGCACUACCAGCCCCAAGUCCAGGAGACACCGGAGCAGCUGUACCAGGAGCAGCAGUACGGCGGCUACGAGGAGCCCGCGCAGCAGUACGCGGCGGAGCCCUACUGGCAGAACGACAACCACUACGGGUAUCAGGACCAGAGCGCCGCGGCCGGCAGCGAAGCCCCGCGGCCCACCAUCACGAUGCCGGGCGCUGCGCCCGCCAAGCCGCCCAUGUUCGGCGAAGACGAGCGACCGCCCUCUGCUGAUCACACAGAUCGCGAGACGGACACGCCAAAGCCGAACAGCAAGAAGCCAGACGGCAAAAGCCUCGACGCCAAGAGCGGCGACAAGCGCGGCAAGCCCGGCGGCGGCGGCUGGCUCGGCGGCCUGUUCACCAAGCUGUCGCUGCGCGCGCCCAACCAGAUGAUCCUGCCCGACGACACCAACCCCAGCAUCGUUUGGGACGAGGAGCACAAGCGCUGGCGCGACACGGACGCGGGCGAGAGCGAGGCGCCCGCGCCGCCCGCGCCGCCGCCCUCCAUACCCGUCAUGAGCACGUCGACGCCGCUGCAGUCGCCGGGGAUGGUAGGCGCGCCGCCCACCUCCAACAUUUUCAAAAUGCAGAAGGGAAGACACAUAAAGAAGUCGUACGUGGACGUGCUGAAUCCGGGCGGAGCGCCGCGCGCCGCGCCCGCGCCCCUCGCGCCGCCGCCCGCGCCCGCCGCCGCGCCGCAGAACUACUUCAUACCCGCGCCGCUGCCUCCAGACCAGAGUGGAAUCUACGACCCGACUCAGAUGGCAACACACGAAGACGAUUUCCGCAGCGGGAUCUGAUCCCCGCAACGACACAGCAACCGACCAACCACUCCACUUUAGCGGCCUGCGCACACGAGGGACUUUUAUCAGACAGAAAUCCCCGAAGCGUACACAAAACAUCCGCCGAGAACUUGCCACGGACUUAAAUAUACGGUGUGCGAUCAUUUGCGAGCCACCUCUCGAGCGCUCCACGCGGACUAAAAGCCGCUGUGUGCGUUGACGCGCCUUGUAACGUUGGAUCUAGUUUUUUCGAAGACUCCCCAAUACUUUUUCUGAUCUAUCGAUUCCUCGGCUGUUCGAAGGACUUUUUGUACGCGGUACUUUUAAUCCCUCAUGUGGGUUAAUCGGUGCUGUUGUAAGUGAUCUAUUUUGACGGACAAAAAGUACCCCGAGGACUGACCCUCGUCCGUGCAGGCUUUAUAGGAACACCUUGCGAUUACACUAAACAGGGUUGUUGACACUUAUUAGAUUUAAAAUUCUUAUUAUUUAACACGUUUAACACUUCUGUGCAUUCCUAUUUACUAUCUUAAACGUGAAUUCUUACUGUUUUUCUUUCGACCACUUUUACUCCUUGUAAAAAGUAAACAACCCUGAAAAAUAGUAUUAGGAUUAGCGGAAACAUAGUUGUAAAAAGCGACCAAUGGGUGUUGACUGUUGAGCCUAGUUAAAUGAAAUCUAAACGCAGUCAAAGUACGCUCAGAAAAUAUCUUACUGAGCACUUGAGCAUUUCAUAGAAGCUUGAGCAUCAUAUUUAGACACUUUGAAUGCUAAAGUGGCUAAAUGAUCAGGCGAUGCAUAGCCAAUGCGUAUUUAGCCUAAUCUAAUCGUAGUCUUUUUUUUAUGAUCAGAAUCAUAAUAAACACGACACUGCAUCGCGUCGAUUACGCAAGUAUGCUUCCGCCUUUAGAAUUUUUUAUAAGUACAGUGCCAGGUAAAAAUAAACUGCUCUAGAAAAGUAAAGUGCCUCAAAUGAUUUGUUCUCUUUUUAGAUAUUUACUUGACUUUGAGAUCGCGAUCAAUAGGUAUCUCAUACAGAGGGUUAUUAUUGUGUAUUUCACCCGCAAUUAAUAAAAUUUGCUUUUGACCGUGGAAACCGGCUGUUCGUUUGCUUGAAACAAUUAGUUAUUCAUUGGUCACGAAACAAGUAGUCUAAUUUUCAUAUAUUAUGCAACAUGGUGGUUUUGCGCAGGUCAUAAACUAAGGAUUUAAAACACAAGCCCUGCUAAGAUCAGUUUUUGUAGAAUGCGCCGUUAUACUUCUCGUGUUUAAAUUGGUGUACUUGUUUUGUUCACUAUAUCACCUUCAUAUUUCGCUUAUGUUGCGACUGCAUUAUACAAUUAUCCCUCUAGGUUGAUGGCACGAUGUUUAACCGACCACAAAAAGGUUAACAAUGUAAGGAAGAUCAUAAUUAUAUAGUUUGUACCUACAUAAGUAAACUUUUACUACAGGACGCGUUACGAAAGUUGAAAAAGUGAAUAUUUGCUGCGCGGCGGAUUGCGAGCUUGCUUCGCUCGCGCACUACACCAGCAGUUUCAAUUUUCGUAACGAAAACUGUUCUAUCUAUAUUCAUAGGAACAGAAAACUGAUCGUACAUAUAGCUCGCCCCGAAUGCAACAGGUGCAAACACGAAUGAUUCAAUAAAACGUCGACCAUACAAUUUACUAUACAAAAAAAUAUAUCGGCUCAGUCGUAAUGUACAGAGAUCAGUAUAGACUUCAGCUAGCUCGACUAUUUCAUUUUAACUACAUAUUAAUAUAAUAUUAUUAUCUUAGCGAAUUUUGCUCAUAUUUUAUUAUUUAUUAAGUAUUUUUUGUUUUUUCUUAAUUAUUAUUGUUCUAUAUUUCAUACAGUGUUACCAUGCUAAAAUGAUGUUGACAUAUUUAUUAAAAAAAAUGUAACUUGUGAUGUAAUUGUAUUUAAACCAUGGAUCUAUAAUACCUAUGGAUAGAGCACUCCUAAUACCUACGAUUACAUGAAGCAAAUACUUAUCGCUAUCCCACUUCGACCGCCGAGCGAGAGCGAGAGGUUGGACACCACUGGGAUCCGACUUUGCGCUCUAAUUUGUUAAUUGAAGUGGAAAUAGUGACAAGUACCAGAAAUAUUUAUUACUUAUCAUACAUUCAUGUAUUACACGUACUUGGCAAUUGAAGUCGCUACUAUUCUAUUCUUUUUUUAUAUUUGAUUCUACUCGAUCCAUUAGCUGACAUACUCGUAGUUCACGCAACUAAAAUUGUCAAUAUUGACCCAAUGUACUAGGUAGAUAGUGAUUUUAUGGUAACAUUUUAGAAACUAUAUUAAGGAAUUCUAUUUUUUUUUUGUCCGAAAAUUGGUAUUAUAUUUAUUUUGUUGAUAGAAUGAUUAUAAUAUUAUUAUACAUUUAUUUGAUAAUAAUAGUUUUAAUUCUUAGUGAAACAGGUGUUAUUUUAUUUUCAAUGUAUUUCUUUAAUUCGACAUAUUCAAUUGGUGCAAUAGAAUGUAAUUUUAAUAGUAGUGGUAUUCAGCGAGUGAAAAAGCAUAGACAAUAAAAUUAGUAGUUCUUUAGACCUUUAUUUUUUCUCCACAUUUUAAUUUUCCAUGUAAAAAUAAGGUAAAGAAUGUGUAUGUACAGAAAAGCGGUGUUUUGUAUGUAAAGGGAAGGCGUUUUUCAGAGAGGUUGUAUAGAUUUUAAUAGGUUGACGAACCUUCGUCGGACUUAAAUAGUACUCGAUUGUCGUAUUUGUAUAAAGAAGCCUGUGUCUGUAUAUUUGACCGCUAUCCACUAUUCUAUGUAUUCCGAAAUGUAUUAUAAUGAUUCAUCUAAUGGAAAAUUAUUUAAAUAAAUUGUUUAUGUUAAUGCUUA